CCUGGAAACAGGCGGCGUGGAACUGAUGGAGUGACACAAAUGGCUAGUGGAGUCGGAGCUGGGUUGCUGCUCGAAUUGAGGCUGUUUUCCUUUGGCAUCUGAAUUGCCUGAGAUUAAAAUCAUUUUCUCUAACGUAAGUUUUUAAAAGAAUCGGAAAAACUUAUGCUGUGCUGAAUGCCGUAAGAACAAAUAUUUGUGCCGGAGUGAAAGAAGUAGUUUGAAGAGCAAGAGAAAGUAUGGCUGUGUGUAAUUGUUUCCAUCUGGAUUUAUGCAAACUUGUGAGCUCUCGGUGGCUGUUUGUGCUCCAUUUGUUUCUGCAAAGUUUGGGACCUGUGCGGCCACAGGGGCAGUACAAUGGCGAAAGAGGCAUCUCGAUUCCAGACCACGGCUUUUGCCAGCCGAUCUCGAUCCCUCUGUGUACGGACAUCGCCUAUAACCAAACCAUCAUGCCGAACUUGCUGGGGCACACCAAUCAGGAUGACGCCGGCCUGGAAGUUCACCAGUUCUAUCCGCUGGUGAAAGUGCAGUGUUCGCCCGAGCUGAAGUUUUUCCUCUGCUCCAUGUACGCGCCGGUGUGCACCGUGCUGGAGCAGGCGAUCCCCCCGUGCCGAUCGCUAUGCGAGAGGGCCAGGCAGGGGUGCGAGGCGCUCAUGAACAAAUUCGGUUUCCAGUGGCCCGAGAAUCUCCGAUGCGAAAACUUUCCAAUCCACGGAUCUAUCGACCUGUGCGUCGGGCAGAACAAAACAGAGAAGGGCAGCCCUACCUUAGAUCCCACACAAGCAUUAACCGACGUCGGCACCGUUCGCCCCACUCGGGACCAGUUUUCCUGCCCUCGGGUACUGAAGGUACCCACUUACCUGAACUACCAUUUUAUGGGGGAGAAGGACUGCGGCGCUCCCUGUGAGUCCUCUAGAACCAACGGGCUGAUGUAUUUCAGCCAAGAGGAGCUGAAGUUCGCCAGGAUCUGGAUCGGUAUUUGGUCGGUUCUGUGCUGCGCCUCCACCCUGUUCACGGUGCUCACCUACCUGGUGGAUAUGCAGAGGUUCAGUUACCCCGAGCGUCCCAUCAUAUUCCUGUCGGGCUGUUACACAAUGGUGGCCAUCGCCUACAUCGGCGGCUUUCUGCUGGAAGAAAAAGUGGUGUGCAACGAGAAGUUCGCCGAAGACGGCUACAAAACGGUGGCCCAGGGCACCAAGAAAGAAGGCUGCACCAUUCUCUUCAUGAUGCUGUACUUCUUUAGCAUGGCCAGCUCGAUCUGGUGGGUAAUCCUGUCACUGACUUGGUUCCUGGCAGCUGGGAUGAAAUGGGGUCACGAAGCCAUCGAGGCCAACUCCCAGUACUUUCACCUGGCUGCCUGGGCAGUGCCAGCCAUCAAAACCAUCACCAUAUUGGCCGUGGGCCAGGUGGACGGAGACGUGUUGAGCGGGGUCUGCUUCGUAGGACUCAACAACGUGGACGCGAUGCGAGGCUUCGUCCUGGCGCCGCUCUUCGUCUACCUGUUCAUCGGCACCUCGUUCCUCUUGGCCGGCUUCGUGUCGCUCUUUCGUAUUCGGACCAUCAUGAAACACGACGGCACCAAGACGGAGAAGCUGGAGAAACUUAUGGUGCGCAUCGGCAUCUUCAGCGUCCUCUACACGGUGCCGGCCACCAUUGUCAUCGCCUGCUACUUCUACGAGCAAGCCUUCAGGGAGCAGUGGGAGAGGAGCUGGGUCAACCAGGCCUGCAAGAGUUACGCCAUACCCUGCCCUCGGAACCAGCAGCCUCCCAUGACGCCGGAUUUCACUGUCUACAUGAUCAAAUAUCUCAUGACACUUAUAGUGGGCAUCACCUCCGGCUUUUGGAUCUGGUCUGGUAAAACUUUACAUUCUUGGCGCAAGUUCUACACUAGACUCACAAACAGUAAGCACGGAGAGACGACGGUGUGAGUGAGUGGAAGACGCUCUUCCCUCCGCAUUUUCCUUCCCGAAAAGGGAGGCGCGAACCACACAGAGUGAAGCCUGAGUUUUCCGAUGUGACAGACUAU